CGAUUGCCCGCGGUGUCCCGUCCAGAAGCUGCUCGGUCUUCGAGAACUACACGUAAAUUUCGAGUACGCACCACCGUACGUGGGUUUCUGACCUUUACCAAGCAUUGAGUGUACCCGGACCACCUCUGGCGGUUAUUUCGCCUGGAAGUAUAUCUUAGGAGUUCAGACCAAUUGGCCAGCACAUGCAUGUACAGUUCGAACACCAGAUGUUGUUUGCUAACGCAUUUAAGCGUCAAGAGCAAUACCAACAAAAGCCUCUUCAGGAUCCGACGAGCUCACCACUGGCAGAUUCCGGAGAUAAUGAAAAUACUUUAGACAAUGCCAUUGUGCCGCAGAAACCGUCUGGUAUUGAGUCGGACAUGCGAAUUCCCUCGACCACACAACGAGAGCAACCCUCGUCUGUUGAAACACAAACUGUCAUAAGUUCAUUCAGGUCACCAAUGCGUUAUCGACGGAAACGUGUCUAUCCAUCUUGUUGUACCUCACUUCAGACCUCUGUUGACGAGACAACACAAGGGUUUGUUUGCACUGCUGCCAGUGUUAGUGGCUGCAGUAAUCCGGAGAUUUGUUGUCCUCCCAGUACAGUUGUUUGUAACUGCCAGUGUUUAUAUGCCUCACCAUCACAGUCAACAAGUUGCCCUGCCUGUGUGUCAUCAUCCCAAUCUGCACUUGAAUGUGUAUCAUGUGAGCAAAGCAAACCUGUAGAAAACAGUGUUGCUAUGAAAACUUCUCCUUGCUGUUUGCCGCUCACCUGUCCAACCACGCUGUCCUCUGAGAAGCGAACAUCGGACCGUUCACAGAGAGCCAUCACUUCCUGUUGUCCUUGUUCCCCAAAAUCUACCAAGCCAAUAAUGGCAUCGACCGAAGCCCAGACCGAUUUUGAACUGGAAUUCACUGGCCCUGAUUAUGAGGACAUAGCUAUGCUCCUAUCCUCUCCAUUUAAAUCAGACAUAACAAGUCCCGUGCAGCCCGACCAGAGCGCAUCAGAAUCGAUGCCAGAUUUGAAAGGCUACACCCAAAUAGACACACCAACUUCUCCACGGAUGACAAACUUAUCCUUCGAGGGAAACACCCCGUCCGUACUUCCCACUCGAGAACCUACCAAAACUAAUCAAUCUCUUGGUAACUCAUCAUCUGUUGUCAGCUCAGCUUCCUAUCAGCCUGUGGACUCCUCAAUUAACACAGCAAUUACCUUUUCCGCAGCCAACCUACCUGUCACGAUGAUUGGUCGUGAUAGUCGCAUAGUGGCUUCGUCGUGCCUCGCACAAACCCCUGUGUCGACCCAGUCUCUUAUCACGACACCCCUGAUUUCCGGUCUCCAAAUUGAAACCAAUAGACCACAGUUCACUUGCGAUCACUGCGGAAGAGCUUAUCGACAAAAAGUGCACUUGAGAAAACACAUUCUGAUCCAACACGUGGGUAAAAAACCUUUUGAAUGUCCCCUGUGUACCUACACCACCGUAGAAAAAAGCCACCUCACUGUUCACAUCCGGACCCAUACAGGAGAACGACCGUUUCGAUGUCGUGUUUGUGAUUAUUCGUCAUCACAAAAUUGCACGCUAAAGGCACACUAUAUGCGAAAACAUUCGGAUAACUGCCUGUAUUGUGCCAAGUGCUCGGAGAGAUUUUUUACGGAGCAAGAGUUGCACAAACACGAGCGCCAAUGCUUUUCCGAGAAGAAAAUGACCAAUUGA